AUGGAAAGAAAGCGCUCAAAUUCAGAGCUCACGGGUCAGAGGGAGGCGCUGUUGAACUCUACUCGGGAACAGUUGGCGCAGUGUAUGUCGACCGUCAAUGUAGUGCCCGUCAGUCCCAACCAGAAGACCAUUGCCGGAAGUGUGGACGUGUUGUCCAUCAAAUCGUUGGACAACAAAAACUCUACUAAAGAGCACGCGAAGGAAAACUUUGUGCCCGGCGUCCGGUCGCAGCGCUUUGACCAAAACUCUUCGCCAACCGUUGCCAUAGACACCGUCGCGUGGAUGAUAGUGUUGGGCGACGCUCUGCUCAACUUUAUCGACGGUCUGUCCAUUGGGGCGGCGUUUGACCGAAACAUUUUGGCCGGUAUUAGCAUUUCGGUGGCCAUUAUGUUGGAAGAGGUGGCCCAUAGGUUGGGCACAUUCGCUGUCCUCAUACGCGCCGGCAUGAAAAUGAAGCAAAGCUUUCUGUAUAUACUGUUGUGCGCCUGUGCUGUCUAUCCGGGUCUAGCGCUCGGCAUAUUCCUGGGCGAUGAGGCAGAGGAGGCCAGUCCUUACAUAUUUGCUUUGGCCGGCGGUUUCUUCCUGUAUAUGGCACUCGUGGAUGUGAUGCGAGCGAUGAACCGGUCGAUGGAGAACGCGUCCCGAAAGGGGGUCAAGAGUAUGGUUCAGAUACUGGCCCUACAGAACGUGGGUAUUAUACUGUCGGUCAUAUUCCUAUCCCUUCUGGCCUUCUAUGAGCGGGAAAUGGAUUUCGAGAACAUCGAGUUGGAAGACAUCGUCGAAAAAUCUCUCGAAUAGACAGCAAACAAACAUAAAAACUGCGGACAAGUGUUUCGAGACAAUUGUUUUAUUAGUAUUUGAAAAAUAUUUAUUUAAAAAACAUAUGACAACUGAGAGAGAG